CAUCCUCCCACCCACGACCCUUGAGCGCCUCGCAACGUCGUCGGCUCGGCUCGACUCGUCUCGUCGCCCACGAAUUUUGGAGGGUCGCGUACUGAGCUCGUGGCCCGCGUGACCAUUUCUUUUAUUUUCUCCCCCUACUUUUCCCGCGCUGCUUUCCCCUCGCGCCAUCCAAGCGCCCGCCUCUAUAUAUGCGCGCCGCCACCAUGUCCAGCUCCGGCAACUAGCUACUGCGAAGUGCGAACUGAUCAGAUCGUCGAGAGGAAACCCAAGAUCCAACGACGACAUGUGUGGCGGCGCGAUUCUGGCUAACAUCAUACCGGCCACGCCGCCGCGGCCCGCCACGGCGGCGCAUGUGUGGCCCGGCGGCGACGGGGAGAAGCGGCGGAAGGUUGGUGGAGGCGGGUGUGAUGACGACUUCGAGGCGGCGUUUGAGAGAUUCGGACGUGAGGACUCUGAGAUGGAGGAGGAGGAGGUGGAGGAGGUGGUGGUUGGGAAGAAGGCGGCGGUGAGGCGGCGGAGGGCGACGCCCGCCGCCGGGCGCCGCGCGAGGCCGAGCAAGUACUGGGGCGUGCGGCGCCGGCCGUGGGGGAAGUGGGCGGCGGAGAUCCGCGACCCCGUCGAGGGCGUCCGCGUCUGGCUCGGCACGUUCGCCACCGCCGAGGCCGCCGCCCACGCCUACGACGCCGCCGCCCGCGACCUCCGCGGCGCGACCGCCAAGCUCAACUUCCCCUCCUCCUCCUCCUCCACCGCCGCCACCCCACGCCCCCGCAAGUGCCGCCCCACCACCGCCACCGCCACCCCCAAGGCGACGACACCGAACGUCGUCGUCGUCGUCAACCUCGUCGACAAAGAGGCCGAGGUCAGCGAGAGCUCCGGUGCCAGCAGCAGCGCGCUGCCGGACUUCUCGUGGCAGGGCAUGUCGGCGUCGUCCGACGACGACGCCGCGGCGCAGCAGGCACUCCUCGACGCCGCCGGCGGCGCCAAGAAGCGUCCCCGGAGCGAGCCCCACGUCACCUCCGACGACGAAGUGCUCCCGGCGUCAUUCGACAGUGACAACAACACCGCCGCCGCCGGCCUGCUCCCGCUCGACGAUCCUUUCUUGUUCGGCGACCAGUUCGGCGACCUCAACGGCGGCGCGUUCGCCUCGCUCAUGGACGGGCUGUUCGCCGCCGGUGAAGCGAACGUCGCCGGCGAGAGCGUGGGGCUCUGGAGCUUCGGCGACGACUUUCUCAACGCGUCGUACUAUUAGCUAGGGCUUCCAUAGUUCUUGUACUUUACUUGUACUGUACUGUAUUGUACUGAUUGUUAACGUUGCCAUAAAGCAAUCUUGCUAGUUUGUAAUUCUGCGUGUGUGGUCGAAAUUUUCAUGUUUGUGUUGUUUGAAUCUGUAGUUGUCGUAUCGUUUGGGGUGUGUUUGAUUUGAA